AUGGCCACAAACAACCCCGAUGGAGGCCACUCUGAUGAGUUAUUUGAAAUGGAAAAUAAACUCUCAAAGAUCAGAAGUCAAGUGAAUUCCAAGUUAGACAACCAAAAGCACUUAGCCGUGAUUCUUUCUGCAGUUGAAGAGAACCUACAGGAUCAAAAAACUGAAAAGACACCAGUGGCUUAUUUUGUUUCAUUUUGUUCCUUGUUAGAUCAAAGUAUUCUGAAUGAUUUCAUUGUGGAUCAAGGCUUAGCUACUGCUUCAUCCUACUUCUUGGACAUUGUUUUACCUUUCACCGCCAAACCACUCUUGGUAUCCAAGUUUGGAGAUAUUUUAGCCAAAUUGGCAGUUCCCAUUACAAGUUCAGAUGCUGAAGCCCCGUUAGUGAGGUCGACAAUUGGUGCUUUAGAAAGCUUGUUAUUGGCCCAAGAUUACCAAAGAUGGACAUCUAACGAUAGCAUAUCACCUCAAAGAGCCAUGGCUGGGUUGUUAGAAUUGACCAUGGACCACAGACCUAAGGUAAGAAGAAGAGCUCAAGAGGCUGUCUCCAGUAUUUUAAAAAAUCCUCCAACAUCACCAAAUCCAAUGCACCCGGCUUCUACUUUGUGUGGUAAAAUAGCAUUGGAAAGACUUGCAUCUAUUUUGGAAUCCAACAAAUCCAAGCACAAUAAAGAAGUAAAUGCACAAAUAAUCCACUGUUUGCAAUUGAUUUCAUCUGUCACCUCAUCCGGGUCUUGGCCAGCUAAACAAAUUAUGCCAUUGUGUGACGUGUUGUUGGAAGUGUCUAAGACCAAUGAUCAAUUCAUUGUUUCUUCUGCAUUCUCAGCCUUUGAAGGGUUGUUCCAGUCCAUGAAUAAUGUUGUUAACCUUGAAAGAUUUUCACAAGUACUCGAUGUAAUAUUUGAUUUGAAGCCAGCUGUGAAUGAUUUGCAUUUGGCUGCUUCUUGGUUGGCAGUAGUGGCUAAAGCCAGUGAAUGUUUUGCUGCUUUGGAUGCCUCUGUAUACAUAACCAAGUUUUCCAACAUCUUUCAUCAGGUUGCAGCUUUCCUUUCAUCUGAGUCCAAAGAUAUUUACUCUUCUGCAUCUCAUUGUUUGACCGCGAUCACGGCUGCAAUCCCAGAUGAAUACUUACUUCAACCAUCUAAACAAAAUGGAAUUUCUCCAGAAGUAUAUGAGAGUAUGGAUGAUCUUAUUUCAGGAUUAGCUGACACUAUCGAAAAGGACUUAUUGACUAUCAAACACCAACAUGCUUUCAAAGAGAUUUUGGAGUUCAUUAACGAGUCUAUUCUUAAAUUAAGAUCUCGUGCAAACCCUGAUUUGUUAGGAAUUGUCGAAACAAUCGGUGACUGGCGUACAACUGAAAGUGAAGACUUCUCUCAUAACAAAGAAGCCGAGGAUGUUUUGGCCUCAGCCAUUUCUGUGAUGGGCCCAGAAGUGGUGUUGGGAGUUUUACCUUUGAAUUUGAAUAGUACUACCAGUCCCGGAAGGGCUUGGCUUUUACCUCUCUUAAGGGACAAUGUUCGCUUUGCUAACUUGGGAUUUUACAUUUCAGAAAUUUUACCUCUAGUUGAAUUUUUUCAAGAAAAGAUCUCCAACUUAAAUAAAGAUUCGGUUAAUGUCAAAAUCUUCCAAACUAUUAUCGAUCAAAUCUGGUCGUUGUUGCCACCAUUCUGUGAUUUACCAAAGGACUUGACUGUGGCCUUCACCGAUAGCUUUGCUUCCCAAUUAACUGAAGUUUUGUACAGCAAUGUCGAGUCAAGAGCUAAUAUCUGCAAUGCUUUAAGAACAUUGGCAGAAUCUUACAUUACGUAUAGUGAUGAGGAAUUGAGUAAGGACUUGUUGGCACAAGAAGAAUUGAGUAUUGAACAAGCGACAGUAGGUUUGGAAUAUUUGGCAUCUAAAGCUUCCAAUGUUCUCUCUGUCUUAUUUAAUAUUUUCAGUUCAACUUCUCCAGACAGCCGUGGCUUUAUUCUUGAGACAAUCGACAUUUAUUUGAUGAUUGUGCCAAAGGAUGAGUUGGAAAAUACUUUUAACAAAGUCUGUGGGCUCCUCAAGAACGCUAUGGAUGAAGAAUCGACGGAGACACAAACGAAGAAAAAGAAUACUCCAAGUUUGAGUAUCACUAUGAUGGAUUUGAUUGUGGCAAUGGCCAAGUAUGUUCCAUCGUCUUCACAUACUGCUCUUUUCUCCAUCUUUUCAUCGACUAUUUCAAGUAAGAAUCCUUUAAUGCAGAAGAGAUCUUACAGAAUCUUGACCAAGUUGGGAGAAGUCUCAGAAGGGCAAAAUUCCAUUAAGCAAUUUGCAAAUGAUAUUGCCAAUGUGAUUAUCUCUACAAUCGAUGAUACCCAAAGUUCUGCAAGAGCUACUAGACUAGGAGCUGUGAAUGACCUUAUUGAAAUUUUGCCAAACGACUUUUUGCAUUUUAUUCCUGCUGUUUUGCAAGAAAUUAUUAUGUGCACAAAGGAUGCUAACGAAAGAACUCGUAGUUUAUCAUACCAGGUUUUGAUUAGGAUGGGUGAAAAGAUGGAACAAGGUGGCGUCAUUUCCAACUCCAAGGUUCCAGGUUUUGAUCCAGCUACUCCAGACUCAGAAGCAAACUUAACCGAGUUCUUCACAAUGGUCAGUGGUGGUCUUGCUGCUCAAUCACCUCAUAUGGUUUCUGCCACAAUCACUGCUGUGUCUUGUUUGGUUUUCGAGUUCAAAGACAAAUUACCAACUGAUGUUUUAGUUGAGUUAUGUUCCACCGUUGAGUUAUUUUUGACCCACAAUUCUAGAGAAAUCGCCAAAUCCACAAUUGGCUUUGUCAAGGUCGAAGUUCUUUCAUUACCUGAAGAGUUGGUGAAGGCUAAUUUGGGUGAAUUAUUGUCUAAAUUAAUGAGAUGGUCUCACCAACAUACCGGGCACUUUAAAGUUAAAGUGAAACACAUCGUGGAAAGAUUAAUCAGGAAGUUUGGCUACGAUGAAGUAGAACAAGCAAUUCCCGAGGAGGAUAGAAAGUUGGUUGCCAAUAUCAAGAAAACCAGAACCAGAGCCAAGAGAAAACAAAAGGAAGAUGGUACUGGAGCCUCAGAAAAGCAAGGCAAGAAGUUUGUCUCGGCUUAUGAAGAAGCAUUAUAUGAUUCAGAUGUUAGUGACAAUGAUGAUCUGGAAGAUGAAGUCGAUACCCAACGGAACAAGAAGUCCAGCCAAUUUAUUAUGGAAAGUAGAGAUUCUCCAUUGGAUUUAUUGGACCGUCAAGCGUUUGCUAAGAUUUCCUCUUCCAAACCUAGGAAAGAGGUUAAGAGAAACUAUUCUGAAAGGGCUGAGACCAAGAAUGGGAAGUUUGUGUUCAAUGAGAAGGCAACUUCUGAUCCCUUGUCGAAUAAAGGUUCAGGUAUUGAUGCAUAUUUGGAUGCCGUUAAACAGGGUCCUAUAAGAGGACAAAAGAACAGAAUGAAGUUCAAGAAGGAUAAUGCUGAUGAUGACUGGUCGGACGAUGAUGAGCCUCCACAAGAAACACACCACAGACCUUCUAAGAACGAUAAGUUCAAAGGGAAUGCCAGAAUAUCAAAGCCUAAGCCCAAGCAAAAAUUCAAAGCCAAAAAGAAGCUUUGA